AUGAGCGCGUUGUGCUGGGUGGUGAGGAGGAUGGAUCUCCUGAUCGGCGCCCUCCGUCGCAGUGUGAUCAGCAUGGACAAGGUCAACGUUUCGGGGUUGAAGGGGCUGCGGAAUGGGAUGAUAACAUUCGUCAAGGAGCACGUCGCUCUCAAACGGUCGGGCCAUGUCGGAGUUGCUGCCGACGCCUGCGAAGACGACGGCGAAGAGGCCCCUUCGGCAUCCAAAGCAGUAGGUGUCGCCUACACCGUCGAUGAUGCGCGUGGGACUUCGAUCGGAGAGCCCGGCGGCGUACGACCUCCCAGCCGUGAGGAGGAGGAGGAGGAGGAGGAGGAGGAGGAGGAGGAGGAGGAGGAGGAGGAGGAGGAGGAGGAGGAGGAGGAGGAAGAGGUGGAGGAGGCGGAGAAGCAGCAAGAGGGGGAGCAGGAGGAAGAGGUCGAGUGGGAGUUGGAGGAAAUGGAGGUGGAGUACGUAGAGGGAGCGGCGGAAACGGCUAGGAGGUCGGCAGAUGUUGUGAACAAGGGAGGGGAGGAUGCCGACGAGGAGAAAGUCGGCGUGGAGGAGGCUCACGAGGGGGGUGAGAAGGUCGUGGUCGGCGAUGUGUUUGGCGACGCGAAGGAAGUUAUCGACCUCGAGGUCGUUGGAGAAGGGGAUAACGCCGCGGCCACGAAGCAGACGGGCGUGGAAGCGCCUACCGAGACCACCGCAGGGAAGGCCGGGGGGGAGCGGUCUAGGUUGUUGGCCGACCAGGUCGCCGUCUCCGACCAUAAUGCGGCGAAACGGCUGCUAGAUGCGACGUCGGCCGUGUCGAGAACCAUCACGGACAACAUCACCAACCACAUGGACGAAUCGUGGAAGGCGAUGAAGUCCUUCGCCGAAAAGGCGUCGACGUGGUUGGCGGAAAUCGACGGCCCGGAGGGAAGUAUGGCAGUUGAACGAGCAAAAGCGGUCACCGCCUUGGGCAACCACGUGGAAGCGGUGGUGGACGAUGCGAAGCUGGGUUUGGAGGACUACAUCUCGAAGCACCUAGCCGCCGCGCAGACCAACAUUGCCGCCGCGGUAACUCGCAUCAUCGCCGUGCCGCCGCCGCCCCCGCCGCAGCCCACGCCAGCCUUCCCGGACGAGCUCAUGAAGUCGUUCAAGGCGAACGUGUUGAAGGUGGUGACGGAGGCCACCCAGCAGUCGUUUGUUGCGUCCGGGUUAAAGCUCAUGACCGAGGUGAUCGGCAAUGUGGCGGCUGGUCGGCGUGCGUCGUCGCCGUCGGCCAAUGACGCCGAUCCCGCGCAACGAAGGGAGGCCGACAAGCAGGGCCGGAAAAGGGCGGGCGGCGGAGAUGAUGCGGGGAGCGUGAAGCGGAGCAAGGGAGCCGAUGGGAGCCGCGGCAUCGGCGCGGUGGGUCCAGGCGGCUCGCGGACUCGAGGUCAGAGCGCGGUCGACCAGCUCAAGAAGAACGGGGCCAAGGUGAUAAGGUCGCACAGCAAGGGCGAUGGAAUCGGGAAUGCAGAUGGGGGCCAUGCCGACGAGGUUGCCGCAUAA